AUGCUUAGUGGUAGUAAUUAUCACUUGCGUCUGCUCCACCUCAAUCUCCUCAAUAUGAUCGACGUCUUCGUGGUUUGGCAAUGCGGUUCCUGGGCGUAUCAAUCCAACAUUGUCAAUCUGGUAGCUGCGAAGGAGGAAAUCGCUUUGGAGGACUUUUAUGAUAAUCAGGAAUGGCUCCUAACGGACGCCCGUUUAUUCAACGGCACCACCAGAAAUGUGUCAGCAGCCAACGAGUCGUUUUCUAUGGUUUAUAUGCAAUUGGAUUUGAAGAGACAAAGUUUUUACUAUGUUUUCAAUUUGGUAUUUCCGACUACAUUGGUCUCCCUGGUGGCCGUCGUCGGAUUUCACGCUCCAAUCAACGCGACCGGAAGACGUGAGAGCAAAUUCAGGCUAGGCAUCAUGACGCUCCUCUCAAUGUCCGUCAUGCUACUAAUGUUAGUGGGUGAGAUGAAGUUCGCAAUGGAAAGUGUUCCCGGACAACGUGGCAGUUUUUCGGAUGUCCCUUUGAUGGGAAUUUACUAUAUGACACUCAUCUGUAUUGUCAGUAUCGCCACGUGUACCUCAUCGAUUUUUGUCCAUUUGGAGAAGUUUGCGCUGAGGAAUCCUAGUUGGCAGAGUGUCCCCUGGUACAUCCGUUGGUUGGCCGCCAAAAAACUCUUCUGUUGCUACGUCCCAAAAUCCUUCCGAUACGAUAAGGAUGACGCGUACGGUCGGAAUAAUAAUGUGCAAGCGAUAAGUCUUCACUCGACACCCGACAGGAAUGUGGUCAAAAAUUUGAUUCCGAAAGAGAUCAAUUUCACCGAAGUUAAUCAGGACGCUCCGUUGCAUGAUGUUUUGGAGGGAACGUCCGCCGAGAAAAUCCAGAAAGUCGACUUGAUCGUCAGUCUUCUGCGUGAAAUCAUCAGUUUGAAAGAGCGUAUCGGAGCAUCCGGACAAUUGGCUCCGUAUUGGGAACGAAUUAUUUCGAGAGCCGAGAAAGUGUCACUCAGCUUCUAUCUCUUCCUUAUCACCAUCAAUGUUCUCAUGUUCUUGUACCCCGAGUUGUGGUAUUAG